UAGCGUUUUGCGUUUUACAGUUUAAUGACCUUAUUGAUAUCUAUUUUCAAUUUGUUUUUUUUUUUAUGAUAACCAUGUUCUAUUAUUUUUUUUGUUUUUCUAAUAUUUACUGUGGUGUGAAUCGAGUUUUGAGUAUAGAGUAGUCACUAGUCAUUAAUUACUUAUCCCCGCAUACUUCUUAUCGCUCAAUUUAUCAUUUUAAUAGAGGGUUUUUCUUAAUUUUGUGUUUGUUACAUUAACAAUUAAUUGUUAUUUCGUGAUUGGCGUGACAUCGAAGAAGAAACAAACUACUAAAACCGAAAAAGGCUGGUUUUUAUCAUUUGUAUUCCUAAGGUUAUGAUAGAUUGAAAGAUUUUGUCAGGUUGUUCCCAAACCAGACAUUUUUUAAUAUAUCAAUGCGGCCCACAACUGAGGACAAUAUGAACUCAUUAGCACCCCAACAAUACUGUUUACGGUGGAAGUAUCAUCACUCAAAUUUACAAGCAAUGUUUUCGCAACUUUUAGAACGGGAGAGUUAUUGUGAUGUUACAUUGGCUUGUGAGGGAAAAACCCUUAGAGCCCAUAAGGUUAUGCUUUCUGCUUGUAGUACUUACUUUGAUACUAUAUUAUCACAGCAUGAUGAGAAUAAAGCUAUAGUUAUUCUUAAAGAUGUUAAGUUCUCUGAUAUUCAAGCUCUAGUCAGUUUUAUGUACAAAGGAGAAAUUAAUGUUGAAAAUACUGAGCUUUCUUCUUUGUUAAAAACUGCAGAAGAACUUAAGAUUAAAGGCUUGGCUGAAGUAUCGUGGAGAUCAGAUCAAGAACAGCAAAAUCAAAGUUUUAAUGUAACUGCUGAUGAGUCAAAUAUUAGCAAGAAAAGAAAAUUGGAUUCAACGCUUGCUACUACUGCUAAUAUAAAAAAAGAGUUUACUGAUAAACAACAAGAAAAUGAUGAAAUGAUGGACACAGCAGAUGUUGAAGAUGAGUCUGAACCUGACCAGUCAAUUUGGGAACCAGAAAUGCAACAUGUUGUUGAUACUGACAAUGUAGAGCUUCCUAAACCAACAACUGGUACAGUAAAUGUAACUAGUUUUUCUUCUGAAGAAGAAAGAGCAAGUAGUGUCACUAAUGUUAGCCAAGGAUUCAGUGAACAACCAGCACAUGUUCCGGAUUUAAGUCAAUUUUCUGAUGUAAUGAAAAUGAAUGACUAUUUAGAAUCAGGUGGACGUCGUCCACAAUUUUGGGAAGAACCUUUUACGAAAAGACUUAUGGAAGCAAUAAAAAAUAAAGAACUAGAAAUGAAAGUUGCUGCAGAAUUAAUGGGAGUGUCUUAUGGAACCCUUUACGGUAGAUAUCGAGAUGCUUAUGGUUGCUUAAAACAUCCUUAUAGAGUUCGAGAUUUUUGGUUGGAACAAGGUCCAGCUGAUGUUUUGGCUAAAUUACAAAGAAAAGAACUAACUCUAUUCCGAGCAGCGGAAAUAUUGAAUGUCACUGUAACCACAUUGGCUAACUACUUGUCAACAAUGAGACAAGGAGAUAAUUCACUUACUGUAGCCUCUGCUACUAUAAAUGCUACUGACAAAUCAACAUUUAGAGUAGAUGCUUUGUCUGAAAGUGAUAGAGAAGAAGGUUCUGAUGAAGAUGAUGAAGACAAUGAAGAAAUUGAAAAUAUUAUAACAAGUAGUACUACUCAAUCUCAACAAAAUAAACCAGAUAUCACUUUUGUUACAGCACCAGGUUCAAUAUCUAAAGUGAACAAUCUAAAUGGUUCAAUCUGGAUCUAAAAAUGAUUGGAUUUCAAAUUAACAAAAUUAUUUAAUGGAUCAAGAAAAGUUUUCAAUCAAUUUAUGCUAUUUGUGUAAUCUAUGAAUGAACCAUAACACUGAACAAGUUACAGUUAUAGAUGAAUCAAUGCCAAAAUUAUUUAUCCCCCAUUAAAUCA